UGAAGGUCAAUUGAAGUAAACAAAUUGUCUAUAGUCUAUACAAUAAAAUAUUGAUAAACUGACGCUUAUUAUAAUUCAGUAUUUCAGUUACAAUACCUACGAGUUAUGAAAAACGAUUAUAUCAUUUAAAAAAUAUUUAUCCAAACUAUUUUAAUAGCAAAUUUUACUUUUUUUAAUUUAUUGAAUAUCAUAAAAUAUAAAAUAUCAUGGUGAUCGCUAAAAAGUUUAUUUUAGACAAAUCGUUUAAUGGCCCACCGACAGAUGACAAUUUUAAGCUAGUAGAUGAACAACUAGACGAAUUAAAAAAUGGAGGUAGGCAAUUCAAUUUUUUUUUCAGUUCAAAAAAAAAUAAAACAACUCUAUAAGCAUGACAAUUACCUUAUCUGAAAAAUAAAUUUCAAUAUUGAUGAUUAUUGGCUUUUCUUAUAUUUUUAGAAAUUUUAGUUGAAGCAAUUUGGCUUAGUGUUGAUCCAUAUAUCAGGUACCUAAUUACUGAAUAUAUUACCUAUUGUUUAUUUUUGUUUUAAAAGAAAUAUAAAACUACCUAUGUUUUUAUUUUCAAGACCUUAUUCAAACCAUGUAUCACCUGGAACCACUGUUAUGGGCACACAAAUUGCCAAGUAAGUAUUUAAUGUACAUUAAAUCUAAACAUUUAACAUUUAAAUAAUUAAAUGGUCAAAUUAAUAAUAUUUUUUAUUAUUAAUUAAAUGUUCAGUUAAUAAACUUCUCAAUAUAUUAUAGUAUAAUACCUAUAAUAUUUAUUAACUGUAGUAGAAUAUAAUUUAUACGAUAUACCUAAUAUUAAGUAUUGAAUAAAUAAACUUCGUAGUUAAUGUUAAUGAGUCAAAUUGUUUUUACAUCUUUCCGUUUUAAAUCCGUUCCCGGAUAAUCAUAUAUUAUAGUCUAUGUGAGCCGUUUUACAUACGAGCUAAGAGCGUUUAUAUUAAUAUUUAUUACUAAAUACACUUGUUCUGAAUUUUUUUUUUUGAUUUAUUAGUUACUUUAUUAAUUAGUUACGAAAUAUCAGUUUUGCACCUCUGAAUUUUAUGGUAAACCUAACCUAACAAAUAUUUAUUUCUUUGUUUUUAAAUGAAUAGAAAAAAAAGCAUAUUGAGGGUUUCAUAUUAUAAAUAUAUAUAAAAUCACUAUGAUAUAAAAAUAUCAAUAAAAGUUAGGUUCGAUAAAAAAACAUAAAUAUAAUCAUCUUUAUGUCUUUUUACAUUUUAGUUAUAAAAAAUUAUUUUUUUAUAUAGUUUUAUUUUUAGGAAUAUUAUAUUAUUACCUAAUUUAUAUUGAUAUGCAAAAUUUCAAUAUCGUAUGAUAUCGGGAAGUGAGAUAAGCUAUGGUUGCAAGGUUUAAAAACAAACAUAACUGUAUGUGAAUUAAAACGAAGCACAAUAUAUAGAAAUUAAUUUUAUUUCAAAAGGUUUUAAAAUUUGACUAGAUAUUUGAUUUCUGUUAUUUAAUCUAAGUUAAUAACUAAUGUACUUAUAUUUUCAAGUAUAUAAAUUAUUAAAUCAAAAUUUAAAAGUAUCUUUAACUGAAUAUGUUUGAAGAUACAUAUAAAUAUAGGAGUAUAAUAAAAUGCAAUGGAAAUUAUUUUGUCUACAAUGGUACACAAAAUCUUUUAAAAAAAUGUAAUAUAGGAUUCUUUGAAUUGUCGAUAAUAAUAUAAUAAUUUAAGCAUAAUAAAACCACUCAAUGACGUCGAAGUAGUUUAAAAAUACUCGGGCAAACAAGGCAAUACUAUAUUAUACUGGUCUUAUUUAAGUGUAUGUAAUAUAUUAUAUAAUUCAUAAUACUAUUAAGUAUUAGGUAUUAGAUUUUGAGAAAAGCUAGAGAUGUAUUGGUUUUACAAUGAUGUUUAUUUUUGUUUCAUUUAUACUGUGCAUAAAAUUACUACCAGUAUCAACUAUAAAAUGUUCAUAAUAAUUUGAAAAAACCGGAAAAAUGUACGAAAAUAAUGCUUUUAUAAUUUUCAAUUUUUUUUUUGUUAAAAUUCAAUUAAAAAUAUUGGACCAACAUCUUAUUUAUAUUUACCUUUUCUAGACUUGGUAAAAUUUUCAAAACAUUUAAGCUAUUUAUAGACACUUAUAGACAUUUUUAAGCUAUUUAUAAUUUGUAGACAUUUAAUUUUGCCAGUUUGUUACGUAAUUUUUAUUCGGUAAGUACUCUUUGGAUAAAAUUGUUAAACUAAAUAGAAAUUGGAAAUUUGACAGGAGGUUCAUUAUUAUAAAUUGGAUUAGUGGUCAACAAGAAAAAGUUGAGUUUAAUGAAGUUUUUUUUUAUAAGAAUUUUAAUAAUAAAUUUUGACAAAAUCAUUAAUAUUACGGCCUUUUAAAACAUGUACAACAGAACUCCACUCAGAAUUGUUUUUCGUUAGUAAUGAUUAAUCGCUGCGUACAUAAAUAUAUAUUAAAUUCUCCUUCAUAACUUAUCAGCACAAACUUCUUACCUACAACGGUUAGGUUAGGAAAACCCAUCCAUCAUAUGAAAUAUGUCAGUCUUUUUUAUAGUUAUAUUUUCUACACAUACUACUCAUAUUAUGUAUAUUUCUCACCAUUAGCACUACCCACUCAUCCAUCACUAAAAACUUGUACCCCGAUUCGGUGCUUCUGCAAAUACUGAAAUCAGUUUCCGCUAGAUACAACAAAGACCCAUGCAACAUACUUUAUUUUAAUUGUCCCUAUAAAUAAAAUAUUAUAAAUUUUGGAACCUGAGGAGCUCCCCAAACACAAACGCUGCUGGGAGCACUAGCUGCGUUUAUAGUUCAGCGGUCAAACCCAGGCUAAUAUUAUAAUAAAUACUUGAGUCUUUUAUGAUUGAUUAUAAUAUUAUUUAUAGAUAGGUGUGAAAUAAUUAUAGGUAAUCUAAAAGAUAAUUGAAUGAAAAGAAAGUGUAAUGCCUAAACAUAAGUCUUUUUUUUUUGAACCCUGAUGAAAUUUUAUAUUCUAUAUUAAACACACAUUUAAUACAUACCUAUAAUUAGUGGUGAUAAAAUGGUUUUAUUUAAGGUAUUUUUGAAUUUUGUGACUAAUUGUUUUCCAAUUGUUAAUUCGAUUUUGUAUAGUUGAACUUUUUUAUAUAUUCAUUGGAUAUUAAUCUUUGUAUUAUCCGUCUAACCGCCUCUUUUAUACCGAAACCCCCAAUAAUUAGAGAUAACAUUUUAACCUAGUAUGUUUUGAUCAACAAAUAUAUAUUUUAAAUUAUAAUUUAUUAUUAUGAACAUACAUUUUCUUAGAGUUUUGUUUAAUAAAAUGCUAUUAUUUGUUAAUGCAUAUUGUUGUUAAUUGUUUAAACAUUUUUCGUAUUUCAUUAAAAAUUUGUUCAAAUUCAUGGUUUAUCAAUAGAUCAGGUUUGUUUUUCAUUCAUUCUAUAUUUCUAUUCAAAGUCAUCAUUAUGGUGUGUGGUUACUUUCCGUGUUCUUUAAUUCUUGUACACAUUGUUGUUAGUUGUGUCAUGAUAUGUUGUGUUUCUAUUCUUGAUAAAGUAACAAAAUCAAUUUUAUUAGAAAAUAAUGUGAAUAAAUAAAACAUGUGUAUUAUUUGCCAUUAUUAGGUUAAAAUGGCACUUUGAUUUUAGAAAAAAUAUAAAUUAUAUAAAUACCUAUAUUAUGUAACUAAAUGCCCAUGUUUCCUAUGAUUCACAAAACGAUAACAUGAAUAAAAGAUUUACUAUUAAAUUACUUUUUUUGCAGUUUGAAUAUUAUUUAUAACAUAGAUAGGUACCUUGUAAACUUCCAUUAAUUAAAUACAUACCUACCUACCAAAAACAAGAUCGUAAUACUAGAUACAAAUAAACUAAAUUCGUUUAGUUUAAAACAAUUUCAGUUUAAAAAAUAAAUACGUUAUUCAAUCAACAAUGAAUAUUAAUUCAAUAAUAAUAAUAGUUCUAAAAAUUAUCUUUAUACUCUCCUCCCCUCAAGACAAAAUUAUUUGAUUGCUACUGCAUUUAAACGUAACAACGUAAGUAUACAACUGAAUUUCCCGAAAAAUAUAGAACAAGUAAAUUAUUUACCUAUUUAUUAUUCAUAAUGUUACGUUAAAUAAGAAUACAAAUUGAAUAAUUAACCAUACAAUAUACUACUAUAAUAACUAUGAACAUUUAGGUCGAUAAUAACAUCAUAUCAUAAAGCUCAAAGUCAACAAGACUUUAGCUUAUAAUUAAAUAAAUAUAUACAAGUAUAUAAUAAAUAACACUUAUACUGCAUUAUGAGUAAUAACUAGAAACUUUACUAUAUUCGUAUGUAUUACAAAAUAUCGACACUCAUUAAAUUAUUUUGAAAUUAAACAUUAUCGUUUAAUUUCAAAAUAAUUUACCAUAGAAUCAUUAUUACUUAAUUAAUAAUAAUUUAUUUACCAUUAGAAUUUCUCGUAGAUAUGUACCUACUGUGUCUAAUAAAAAUCAAUUAAUAAUAUUAAGUACAAUUAUUAGUUUAUGAAAUAAAAUUAAACUGCGCUACGGAAGUGCUUUUACUUGCAAUCGGAAUCGGUUACAAUAAAAGUUAUUAUCAAUAGCAGUGAAUGUUAAAGUAUAAUGUUAAGGAUGAUUUCGUUUAAAAUAGUAUACCUUAUACAUACAAAUUAAUUAUUUUAUAAAGAAUCGCUAUUAAAUGACAUUUUAUUUUAAUCAAUUUUGUCAGAAUAGCGUUUUGGUAAACAACCAUAGUUUAUUGCCAUAGCCAAAAAAUAUUUUAAUUUACGUCUAUAGUACGGCCCAAUUUACUUAGAAAAUAUUUAAAAUAUCAUUUCUAAUUGGCAAUAAUGGCCUUUUCACUUCUUUGCACCUUAUAAUUUAACCUAACCGAUUUAUUAUAAUAAUUGAUUAACUGAGUGAACUAAUUCGUUUAUAAUUGAACGUAUUUAACAAUCUAGUAUUUUUCAACCAUUUCGGUAUUUUAUUCAUCUUAUUUUGAGCCAAUUAAAAUUUGGUUUCUUAAAUUGUAAAAGAAAAUUAUCAAUGAAAGCUACAAUUCAAAAAGCCCAAAAACAUAUCUAAUUAAAAUAUCAACAAGUUUGAGAAUUAAAUAAGUUAUACAAUUCAAUAAUACCUCAAGUACCUAUGUAUUGUAUAUAUCUAUACAUAUGGUCAGCAUAACACUUGAUUAUAAAUUAUUUGCAUUCAUUUAUUUUAUAAUUUAACGGAACUAGUCCUUCCAUAAUCUAUACUAAGAAUGUGCAGGUAUUACAGGUAGUUCGCUAAUAAAAAAUGAAAAUAAAAAAAAGAAAAGUAAGAUGAUGAAGACGGGUGCAGCCACUGGUAUAGAUGGGAAUUUAAUGUAUAGCAACGAUAAACAAUUGCUUACGAAAAAAAAACGAUUUUGAGCGGAGUUUAGUUGAAAGUGAUGCUUUGUCAACAAUAUAUAUGUAAUUUUGUAUUAAAAUAAAUAAUUAGGCUUUAUAUAUUUUCUUUAAUAAUAUUUGUUUAAUAUUGUAUUGAUUUUCCAAGCAAAAUUGCUGGUAGAAAAGUUGUACAUAGAAAAAAAAAGGCCAUAAUAUAUUAGAUAAUAUAAUAGAUUCGGAGCAUAGUUCUGUUGUACAUUUUUUGAAAGGCCUUAAUAAUUACGAUUUCCGUCAAAAUUGUAUUGUUUAAUUACUACAUUUAACUUUUUUACCAAAUAUUACGACUAAUUAUGAACCUCCUGAAGAAUUUCAAAUAUUUCUGUUUGGUUAAAUAAUUUUAUUUGUAGGUACCUAUCAAAUAAAAUUACGUAAAAAAUUUGCAAAAUUAAAAUGUCUAAAAAUAACUUAAAAAUAGCUCAAAUGAUUUGAAAACUUUAUCACGUCUGUAAAAGGUAAAUAUAAGUUUUCUGUCUAAAUUUCAAGUCUCGACGAGUAUUUUAAACUGAAUUUCAACAAAAAAACAAAAUUUAAAAAUGAAACAAAAUUUUCUCGUUCUUUCUACGUUUUUUUUCGAUUUAUUCAAUCAUUAAAUAAAACUACGUGAUACUAUUGAUGCAUGGCGAGGUUAUAGGUGGAAAAUUGUGAAUAUAGGAAGUAGAAAGUUAAGUUUUUUAACUUAUAUCAGUAAAUAACGAUAAACUGUUACUAAUGAAAUGCGAUUCUGAGUGAAGGUUAAUUAUACAUACAAUGUAUAUUAUGCACUUUAAAAUAUUGUAAUUUUUACGAUUUGCGUCAAAAUUUUAUCUUAAAACUUGUAUGUAAGUAUAGGGUAGCGGAGGAGACGGGCUAGCGAUGGUGGCUAUAUAAAAAUAUAGCUCCUGUUUAGAUGACUGUAUUAAAUAAUAGCUCCUAAUCCUGUCUCUUGAUCCUAUUCUAGAACCGCUCUUUAUAUCCUACUUAUAAAAAUCCUCGGGUUACAUUUUCAGGCAUCUUUGUUUGGUCAAACAAUUUUAUUCAUAUAGUAGGUACCAAUCAAAUAAAACUAAAAAAUGCUUAUUAAUAGAUCAAAAAUCUUCAAAAUUCGUUGAAUCACAUCUUUACUACGUCUAGGAAAGGUUAAUACAAGAAUUCUGCGAAGAUUUCAGUCCUCUACGAUAAUUUUUAACCGAUUUACAAAAGAAAACCAAAAUCGAAAAUAACGAAACAGGUUAUUUCCCCUCUAAUGUAUGUAGGCUAGGAGCCCGUAUGCUCCGCACACUCUGCUCACCCGCUUUACGGCACUAGAUUGACUUAAAUCUAAAAGUAUCGCGACGUGUAUAAUGUAUUAUAAAUAUCUAAGAUGAGGGAGACUUUAUUAACAAUUGUCAAAGCUUUAACUAAAAAGAAGUUAUUACUAAUUUUAGACUAAAAAUAUGGGAUAGUAAAAACAUCGCGAUUACGAGAAUAGAAGGACGGGAUCAGAAAAUUUAUUUGAGGACAUAAAAUUGUAUUAUUUAAUAAAUCUUUCAUAAACAUAACGUCAGUUAAAUGAAGUUUCGAUAUAAGAGAAUUUAUAUUUAUUAAACUUUGAACCCAAAAAAUAAAAUUAUGAUUGAACCCAUCUUCCAAUUUACUUUACAGAAAUACAAUAAUAUAAAAAUAAUUUUAAAAACAAAUUAUUGUUUAUAUUUUAGCAAUUUAUUAAUAACUAACAUAAAUAAUAUUUAUUGAAUUAUAAUAUAAUUGUUUGUAUGUAUUCAUUUUUUAAUUUAGGAUCAUUAAAUCAAAAAAUCAACAGUACAAAGAAGGUAAAAAAGUAUUUUGCUCUACUGGCUGGAGAACGCAUAGUGUAAUUAAUCCAAAUACUUUAGAAAAAGACGUAAUGCCUAAAUUUUAUGUGCUGCCUGAUUUCGGGAAUUUAUCUCCUUCACUUGGUCUUGGAGUACUUGGAAUGCCAGGGUAAGGGUGAUUAUUUAUUAUCGGCCGUAUUUGAUUACGAUUUGUUAUAUUUGUAAUAUUUUGCACACAACGCAUUACAAAAUUAAUAAUUAUUGGGUACUCAAUUUAAUCGUGUAAUUAUUAAAUUAUAUUAAGUUAGUUAAAAAUGUUACAAGGUUAAUAGCAAUAUUGUUUAAGCAAAUAAAUCAUACGUUUUGAUGCUUAAACUAAAUCAAAUUAAUAUGAAACUAUUUAUAUAAUAGACAUAGCUUCGUACACAAAUAAAAAAAAUUUAUUUUUAUGUUACUAUACUUUUUUAAUAAUAAUAAUAAUAGCUACAUGAAAAAUACUGGGUUCGGUGAACUGCGUCCCAAAAAUAAAAUAUUAACAUACAGCUUGGUGAAUUUCAGCCUGGAUAUUUUUUCCAAGUAGGUGAAUUGCGUCCCUAAAAUUUGUUUUAUUUAUUUAUAAUAAAUGUAUAGAAUACAUAUUCAAAACUUGCAUAACAACAAACGCAAUUUUCCUUCCAAAUUUCUGGGUUGAAUUUGUGAACUCGUGAACAUUAUACAAAUUGUCCGUACGUCUAUAUUGUAUUUAUAUUUAAAUUGUUAUUAUAGUAACACAGCCUUAUUUGGAUUUUUAAAUAUAUGCGAUCCGAAACCAGGAGAAACUGUUGUCAUUAGUGCUGCAGCGGGAGCUGUGGGAAGUCACGUGGGCCAAAUCGCAAAAGAUUUAGGAUGUAAUGUUAUUGGUUUUGCUGGUUCCGACCAUAAAGUAAAAUGGCUGAAGGAAGUUCUUAAAUUUGAUGCAGCUUUUAAUUAUAAAACGAAAGACGUUACUGCUGCUCUUCUCGAGGCUGCUCCACACGGUGUAGACUGUUACUUCGAUAACGUAAGUUCAAUGUUCAUAAUAUAGCCCAUAUAGGUAAUUAGUUAAUUCACUACUGCAUGAAACUCAUUUGAAAAUAUAUAUUUAUAAAUGUAGAAUGCGUGUUUAUUGGUUGUUUUACAACCAUUGCAACCAUUACAACAUACACUUUUGUAAUUUCUUUAUUUUUAUAGCUGGUUUUAAUUUGGCCGCGUAUAUAAAAUUAAUUUGAUUUACACCAAUGAAAUACAAAAAUUACAUUUAUUCAUCUUUUUACUCUCUCCAGAUAGUAGUUUAAAUAAAAUAUUUAAUAUAAACUACCAAAUCUAAUACUUAAUUAAAACAGAUAUAGGUAAAAAUGUUUAAUACAUAUGUAAUCAUUUUAACAUAAUACGACAUGUAUAUUGUUGACAAAGCAACUCUAUCAACUGAACUCCACUCAGAAUCGUUUUUUCGUUAGCAAUGGUUUAUCUUUGCUUACAGAUAUACAUUAAAUUCCCGUCUGUAUCCUGCCUUCCCAACUUCCUAACUACAACAGUGGCUGCACUCACGUGCGAAAUAUGUCCACCUUUUUUUAUUAUUAUUACGUAUUGUCACACUGGACCACCGGGAAGGAGGAGUGGUGCGUUAGCAUUACUUUCCCCGGCCUAAUAUCAAAUUCUUAUCAUGAGGCGACCUAUGACUGGCCACAUCUCGCGGUGACGUUGCCGUCACUUAACAGGCGAAUACUUGACUUUUCACACCGUCUCAAUUCUCAUCGUUCUCCUUGCUCGCACGGGAAGCACGGGAUUUUCGUGUAAUCCUGCAGUUUCACACAAAAAUUCCAAGGUGUCCUCCGAACUUGAGUCCCGAUUAUCGAGGAACAUACGAACAUCGCGUCUCUCCACCUCCCACCGUAGGCACACAAAUGCAGUGUGUUCCGUGGUUUUGUCCGCGCUCACUGCUUGCACUCAAUACAAAUACCUUGGACCAGGUAAGAACUCAAUCCGGUACAAGUAGUGGCUGAAGUCCCUGUGACCCGUCAGUACCUAAAUCAAAUGGAAGAUCAUCGAUCACGUACCCCUAUUCACCCACUUUCCCAGGUCGGGGAUUAUUAGGCAACUGGUCUACACGACGACGAUACUCCUAACCAGGUGUUUCUGCCAGGAGCGCAUCAUUGCCUUUCUACCUGCCCUUUUGAUCGCGAGUAUUAACAAAAUCUUCUCCACAUCGGCCGCUUUGGUUCGGACGUACGCCCUCUCCCGAGCGAACAUGAGCGCGAAACAGUCUAUAAAGUGUACACUCGCGUGACGCGCAAAACAUCGCAUACACUUUUUAAUCCAACAUACUUACUACUUAACUUGCUUGCUACGUCCAUAUACGUAAUAUUUUAUAGAAUUAAAAAUCAUAUUUAUUAUUUUAUUUUAAUUAUUAUUAGAUCAUCGCAAUUCAAAACAUACAUUAAAUUAGGAUAAACAAUGUUUUGAUUAUAAUACAUUGUUUAAUUAAUACAAAAUUUACCAUAGGUCGGAGGCGAAUUCAGUAGUGCAGUAAUAUAUAGAAUGAAAAGUUUUGGCCGUGUAUCUGUUUGUGGUUCAAUUUCAUCAUACAACACAAAUCCAAAAAAUUUACCGAAAGGUAACCAUUUUAACUUGUAUUCUAUAAUUAAGUUUAUCUAAUAAUUUAUUUAUAGUACCAAUGCUGCAACCAGCAAUCGUGUUUAAACAAUUGAAAAUUGAGGGUUUUAUUGUUAGUAAAUGGGCUGGCGAAUGGCAAAAUGGUAUUGAACGUAAUUUAAAUCUCAUUAAAGCAGUAAGUUUAUUGUUUUAUAUGGGCAUAACCGAUUACCUGAUAUUUUUAUUAUUAUUAAAUAUUAUGGUUUUUUUUCUAGGGUAAACUUAUUUAUCCUGAACACGUUACUCAAGGAUUUGAAAAUUUACCUCAAGCUUUUAUGGGCAUGCUGAAUGGAGACAACAUUGGAAAAGUUUUAGUUAAAGUUUAAGUCUUAAAAAUCAUUAUUACGCCUACAUAAAUUUAAAAAUUAUAUAGGACUUUUUUUAUUAAUAAAUAAGGUAAAUUUACAUAAUUAGGUAUAAUUUUUUUAAUGAUACCUAAUAACCAAACCAAUUAUAUUAUGUAAAAAUGCAUUACACAUAGGUAGAUGAUAGAUUUCUAUUAAUUGUCCAAUGAACAUAUUUUAUAAAAUUACUUUUUUUUUUUUAGAAUACAUUUUUUUUUAUUAUUAUUAUUUAAAUGCCUCGACAACUGAGUCAUUAGCGUCAAAGCUGUACAAACUGUCAUAUAUUAUAACAAUACAUUUAAAAUAAUGGAAUAAACCAUAAGCCAUAAUGAAUAAGCCAUAAUUGGCUUAUUCAAAUAUGCUAUUAUAGCUUAUAUAAGAUUUGCUAGACUGGAGCGGGACAGCUUGUAUAUAAUACGAUUACCAUUAUAUAAUACGAUAUAUAUAUUUGAUAUUACCCAAAAUGCAUUUAUUUUUUCCCUGAUACCUAUCUGACGUGGUUUGGCAAAAAAAAUGUUUCGGAACUCGGGUAUGAACUUGCAAUCUCUUGGAUGACAACAGGUAUGUAGUACGUGCCACCACUA